UGUUCCAGUGCUGCAGAGCGCGUGCCUGUGUAGAUCUGUAGUUUUUGUAGCGGAUUGUCACAUCUAGGCGGCGACACGGAGUCCCUUUUAUCUAAAAACAACAACAUUUCACCUUCUCUUUCUUUUAGUCAAAAUGCUUGAGCACGUUUGAGUGACCAUGGAGUGCGUUUGCCGUCAUGUAGUUGAGUGUUAAUACGUCGAGAAUAUUGGGAGAAGGAAACUUUUGAAGGAAUCCAAGGAGCUACAGUUGAAAACAUGGCUGUUCGCGAGGAAGGAGAGGUUUUGCACAGUAAAAUCAGGCACCACGAUGGGGUUGCCAAUGCAAACAGCACAGAGAGCUUCAGGAACGGCUAUGUGAAGAGCUGCGUCACCCCUUUAAAACAAGACCAUCAAAGGGGAUUUUUGUUUAACGUCUGUAGGUUUUGCAAUGAGGACAUUCUGAAUUCAAAAAUAUUUCGAAUUUCUGGCCUAUACCUGGGUGCAUUCGCAAUUUUUGCAGUUUCGUUGCUUAUUUCCAGGAGCUUACAAAGUGACUUCAGCGUUUGGGAUUUGCGGACUUUUCUGUCGGGCUUUUCUCAGUCCAUCAGCCCUCUCUUUAGCAUAGGCUGUGCAUUCUUCUUUUUGACCUUUUAUUUAAGGAGGAAAAAGAGGGAAAGUAAUACAUGUUGGCUUGUGUCACUGCCAGCAUCAUGUUACUUAGGGGAUUUUUUAGUUUUGCGGUUUUUGCAGUGGGGAGAGGACCAACACCAGAUGCAAAUGUUUGGCAGGUUGUUAUUCGUGUUGGGGUGUGUGGGUCUCCUAACACUGAUCCCCACUUUGAAACUCAAACACAGUGUUCUGAUCCUGGUGUUUGCCAGUGUUGUGUGGUUGGUGUCUUUCACCAGUCUGAGCUGUCUGCCUGCACUCCUGAGACCCGUGUUUGCGUGUUUGGCGGGUGUCUCAGGCUCGCUCUUGUCCCUCUGUUUUGACCAUUAUUACCCGUCGAGGGAAACGCCGAAUAGGAUCUCCAGCAACGAGGAGAAAGUCCCUGUGAUCAGACCCAGGAGAAGAUCCAGUUGUGUUUCUUUGGGGGAAACGUCGACCAGCUAUUAUGGCAGCUGUAAAAUGCCUCGCAGACCUUCAUUACCGUGCAUAUCCAGAGAACAGAUGAUCCUAUGGGACUGGGACCUGAAGCAGUGGUACAAGCCCCAGUAUCAGGGAGCGGUAAGUGGUAACGGAGUGGACCUGUCGGUCAUCAACGAGGCCAGGAACAUGGUGUCUGACCUGCUGAUGGACUCGUCCCUGUCGCCACACACCGUCUCGUCCCUGCGCAGCGUCAGCAGCCUCAUGGGGACCUUCUCUGGCUCCUGUCGGCCCAGGGUCAACCCCUUCACCCCCUUCCCAGGUUUCUACCCCUGUACCGAGGUGGAGGACCCUGCAGAGAGGGGCGACAGGAAGCCCCUGAAGGGUCUUAGCAGCAGGAACAGCCUACCAACCCCCCAACUCCGCCGCGGCUCCACCUCCUCCCCUCUCCCCCCUCUGGAGUCGGUCUCCUCCCGCUGGGAACGCAACAACGGCAAGAGACCGGGACCCCACCCUGACCUCAAUAUGACCAGCACGGGGUCUCUGUCCAAUGGGCCAAAUGCAAACCUGUUGACCAUCCCUAAGCAGAGGUCCUCCUCUGUGACCCUGACCUACCAUGCCGGGCCCAGGAGAGCAGGUGCGUCCCCCAGUCUGAGUCCUGUCAGCUCCCCCAGCCACAGUCCUCAAGGGGGAGGUCUCUCCUCCCAGGUUACGCGCCCCCCGGUGGAGUUUCCCGACACAGCUGACUUCCUCACCAAGCCCAGCGUCAACCUGCACAAGCCCCUGGGCUACAUCCUCAGCUCCGCUGACUUCCAGGGGCCCUAUCGCAGCCCCGCUGCCCUGUGCACCAGCUGUGGUCGUCAGAUGCUGAAGAACAUGCCCAGUAUGGAGGCGGGGGAGGGACACCUGCCAUUCACUGGUCAUGCUGAGGCCCAGCGCAGACGCUCAGCAGGUGAGGGGUCAGAGUUCAUGGGGGAGGCACUGAUCAGGGAGGAGAGUGUGGAGGCCGAGUCGAUGGAGGACAGGAGUCCAGACGCAGGGAGCCAGGGCCAGACAGACAAGGAGGACCAGAGCGCCACCACAGAGCAGCAGACUCAGGAAACAGAGGGUGAGUUCAGACUAGACCCCCUGCUGGAGAACCACGAUGACCUCAUGGAGAAGAUCAACAGCUGGAACUUCCAGAUCUUUGACCUGAUGGACAGAACAGGAGGGAAGACAGGAAGAAUACUCAGCUACGUGACCUACACUCUGUUCCAGGACACUUGUCUGUUUGAGAUGUUUAAGAUCCCCGUGAGGGAGUUCAUGUCCUAUUUCUGUGCUCUGGAGAACGGCUAUAGGGAUAUUCCCUAUCAUAACCGGGUCCAUGCCACUGACGUUCUCCAUGCUGUCUGGUACCUGACUACCCGGCCUGUUCCAGGGUUCCAGCAGAUCCACAAUGAGCAUGUGACAGGAAGUGACACAGAUUCAGACAGUGGGAUCUCGCCGGGCCGGGUAUCAUACGCCUCCUCCAAGAGCUCGUCCAUCUCUGACGACAACUACGGCUGCCUGGCGUGGAACAUCCCUGCUCUGGAACUCAUGGCACUAUAUGUAGCAGCUGCCAUGCAUGACUAUGACCACCCCGGUCGCACAAACGCCUUCCUCGUAGCCACUAACGCAGCUCAGGCGGUGUUGUAUAAUGACCGUUCGGUCCUGGAGAACCACCACGCUGCUUCGGCCUGGAGCCUCUACCUGUCCCAGCCAGAGUUCAACUUCCUGGCCAACUUGGACCACGUGGAGUUCAAACGCUUUCGCUUCCUGGUCAUCGAGGCCAUCCUCGCCACAGACCUGAAGAAGCACUUUGACUUCCUCGCCGAGUUCAAUUCGAAGGUGAAUGAUGUGAACAGUCCAGGAAUCGACUGGACUAAUGAGAAUGACCGGCUGCUGGUGUGCCAAGUCUGCAUUAAGCUGGCAGACAUCAACGGGCCGGCCAAAGGACGCGAUCUGCACCUCAAGUGGACAGAAGGCAUUGUCAAUGAGUUUUAUGAGCAGGGGGAUGAGGAGGCCACUUUGGGAUUACCCAUCAGCCCCUUCAUGGACCGCUCCUCUCCCCAGCUGGCCAAGCUGCAGGAGUCCUUCAUCACACACAUUGUGGGGCCGCUCUGCAACUCGUACGACGCCGCUGGCCUGCUCCCUGGCUACUGGAUCGACGAGGAGCGCUCUGAGGAUGAGGAAGAGCAGGUGGAGGACACAGAGACUGAUGAAGACGAGCUGGAGGAGGAGCUCGAACCAAAAAGGAGAAACGGCCGGCGUCGGCUGUUCUGCAACAUCAUGCAGCACCUGACAGAGAACCACAAGGUGUGGAAGAAGACCAUCGAGGAGGAGGAGAAGAGCAAGGAGAAGCAGCAGGCCGACAGCCUGCCUCUCAGCCUGUCCCCUUCGCCCUCCGACGACCAGAUCCAGGUCAUUCAGGAGGAGGAGGAAGGAGAGGAGCGCCAGUAGCAGGAGGAAGAUGAAGAAGAGGAAGAGGAGGGACAGAUCCAGGUCAUUCAGGAGGAGGAGGAAGGAGAGGAGUGCCAGUAGCAUGAGGAAGAUGAGGAAGAGGGACAGAUCCAGGUCAUUCAGGAGGAGGAGGAAGGAGAGGAGCGCCAGUAGCAUGAGGAAGAUGAAGAAGUGGAAGAGGAGGGACAGAGCCAGGAUGCUCGGGAAGGGCGGAACAGUGAAAGAGAAAGUCCUUCAACUCCUCUCUCUUACACACACACACACAUUUAUAGACACACAUACAUACACACACAUAUUAUAGAUAUAUACACAAACAUACACACACAGGAUGACCCUGCUGGAUCUCCACACGUUGAAAUUGUCACUGUGCCGACACGCUAAUGCAGUCAUGUUGUUUUGAAAAAAGGCCUUACUACUGUGAGGGGAUUCUUGCUGCAAUGUUGGGAACCCCACUCCUAUGCACUUUCACCCCAUGGAGAGUAGACCAAGAACAAACACCAGAGCUGAGGACACUGGUGUGGAGAGGAAGAGAGGAAAAGGGUCUGGAUGUGCCCUCCAUGGUGAUCUGGCUGUAAUGCUGCCUUGAACGCAGAGCACUUAACUCUCCCUUCGGUACUAAAAUAAAUCCUAUGAUUUCAAAUAAAGGAAAAGAAAAAACACCUUGACGUGGUUGACAUCCGUUACCAAAGCGAACAGUUCAAACGUGGAAAGACAAGAGACUGAGACUGUUUCAGGCUCACUGUCAGGAAUAUUCUAGAUCUAUAUAUCAAAUGUGCCUGUCUGAACCUUUACUGAGUCCCCUGGUCCAGACCCUAGGUUGGUCUGUGCAGUCCUCUCCCCUUGCUGGCGACACACUGUAUCACUGACUCAGUCACAGAGACGUUGUGGAAAUGAGCAUUAUACCUGCAUCGUUUUUGAUGCUUUUUAUUCAUGUGUACCACCUGCCUUUUAUGUUUCCUUCUUUUUUUGUUGGUUUAAUUAAGUUGGUGUGAGCGUGUGUGUGUGUGUGUUUUCUUCAGGAACGCUUGGUCGCCAGUCAUUGAAAUGUUAUCAGAGAUGAGAUGUUCUCUGUUGUUCCAAUGAAGGGAUGUUUUUUUUCUUUUGAUUUAUAUAUAUUUUUUCACGGUUACUCAGGAUUCUCGUGAAGUUGAAUAAUUAUUUUGCAAGAAUUUAAGUAAUUGACUUUAAAACAAAGAGAAUUAAAUCUCGGUGAUUGAAAUAGUUUUUAAGCUUUGUAAGAACAACUUGAAAAACAAACACAUUCAAGCAAUUGAACUGCUCCUCUGUGAUAGAGCAAAGUAUGUCCUGUGUUUCUGUCAAACUCCGGGGCCCCACAGGCAGCGCCGUUGGCUUGAUCUUCUAAAGACCUCACUGUAGAAUUGGGAUCCUUGAUUGUCAGUUGACUGUAAAAGACCUGUUUGCAGCAAGGCAACAUUUUGUACAGUAAAAUCCCAUGAUUAUUCAUGUACCAGUAUAGGUAAAGGUGUUUUUGAGUGCAUUGCUGUUGGCAUUGUUUUUACACAUACUCUGUCUAGCUAACCUCUUCAUUUCAUUUGUCAUUCUACAGACACUGAUGUUUUGACAAAAACUAUAGAUCUUUGCCAAACCCACAACCAGGCCAGUGUGUAAAGGGGGUUAAGUCAUCCAGGGUUUCACCUUCACUUUGGUUUUGUUUUUUAUAUUAUUCUCUGUACCAUAAGACAGUUUAAUACUAAUAGUUCUAUAUUUCUGUCUGCAAAAACUCUAGGCAUUCCACUAGAAAGAGUUUAAUGAAAGAGAUGGCAGACCUGCAAGCCGAACUCACUUAUCACCCUAUCAAGUCAUUUUCUCUGGAGAAGGAAGUUCUCAAGGAGGAAGUGUAAUUCAAGCUAGUAUAUUUAAAGACAAAAAAUAUAUAUAUAAAUGUGCACAUUUUACUACCAAACAAGUGUUUAGCCUCUGCACAAAAAUAAUAUCUGCAUAUAAAUAUGGUGUAUAAAUAUAUAUUAUAUUUUUUAAUUAAUCAACAGAAUGCAUCUGUUUUCUACACACAGCUGACAUAUAUUGUACAGUGAGACCCUGUACUUCUCAUCCUGUUUCCAGAGUUUUUAUCUGAUACUACAGAUGUUGAACUGUGGGGUUUGGUGUUUUUCUUUUGGGUUCAGCAUCUCCCUGCUCCUUAUCACAACCACUUUCUCUCUCUUGGUAAUCUCUAUUAACUCUGUUGUCUACUCAGUCCACCCAUCCACCCAACCAGUGCCAAACUGUCCCUGCUCACUGCCCACUGCCCAGCCUCUGGGCUCUCAUACACUGGGCUUGUUAUGGUUGGCCCCAGAGGUCUCUCUGAGCUCCAUGUCCCACAGCAGGCUCAAAGUGAUGCUGGUGAAGCCCAGCCCAGGUGUUGUGGAGGAGAGCUCACGACUCCUAACCGUGGCCCUUCAGUCCGUUCGGGUUGAGCGACACUGUGUCUCUUACUUAAGUUCUGAUGGUGAAUUGUGAUGCCUCUACAACCUCCAGCCACCUCCCCCCACAUUGUAUGGCUCAUUAUGUUGUAAAAGUUUGUUUGUUGGCUUGUCACUGUGCAGUCUCACGAACCACAGUGUCCUCUAAUGUUCUUGUCAUAAAAGUGUCUAUGAAUGGCUGUUACCCUUAUGUAGCAUUGAGAUAUUGUAUGUCUGUUGUAACUGUUCAACCAUAUCAAAAUUGUGGGGGAAAUGAUUUUUGUUAUUUAUAGCUGUCAUAAAACACCAUCCCUAAAAUAAC